ACUCACUCAAACCCAAUUUGUUUUGAAUUUAUUUUGGUUUUAAGUUUAAACCUUAUUUUAGCCAAGUUAACUGAAGCGCACAAAACCUUUAUAAGCUCCACCAUGUCCAGAAUAACACGCUGUGCAUUUAUAUUACUAUCGCUGGCCGUGUGCGGCAGCUGGGCUAUACGCUGUUAUCAGUGCUCCUCGGACCAAGAUCGCAAGGGUCACGACGGCUGCGGCGCGUACAAAAAAUUCAAUCGCACGGAACACAUUGCCAUCGAGUGCAACAGCGAUGAGAGCCACAUGCCCGGCUCCUUUUGCAUGAAAGUGGUGCAGCAGGGACCCAGAGGAUUCAUUUGGGACGGCCGCUGGCGUCAGGUCAUACGUCGCUGUGCCUCUGUCUCGGAUACGGGCGUGACGGGCGUCUGCAAUUGGGGCGUCUACGAGAAUGGCGUUUACUGGGAGGAAUGCUAUUGCUCCAACGACAGCUGCAAUGGCGCCAGCUUGCUGCAAAUUCACUCUUCGCUGCAGCUCUUGCUGGGCUUCCUGCUGAUGGGCGCCGCUGCAGGAAUUAUGCGCAGCUAAGAGGAGCAUGUCCACCGGCCGCUGCCGCAGGCGUUUGGGAACUAAUCCCCCAACAUUUGACACAAAAGACAGCCACCAUUUAGUGCCUUUAUCACUGCUCUUUUAUAUUAGUUGUUAAGCCACGAAUAACUAUCAAAAUUCCGUCCACAUUCUGUCCAUAUCCUUAGCCCUAAGCUCGAAUGUUUUACACCGCGAAUUUCGUGCCUAAAAUCGAAAUAUAUCAAAUCUAUAAACGAUCA